UUUGUGCAAGUUCCUCAUUUUCAAGAUACUUUCUGUAAGCUGUUUGACAAUGCAACCUCACUUCCAAGGAACUUGACUUCAACUUCACAUCUCUCAUCUAUCUGCAAAACAGACCUCUUGAGAACACUGUUUUAAACUUGAUCUUCCGUCUCUCCUGACGAUCAAACAUGUCUGGGACGCUGAAUUCCCUUCUGAUUGCCUGUCUGCUGCAAGGUGCCCUGUGUGGAAAGUUUGAGACAUUACUGCCGCAAACUAUGGAGGUUCUUAGUGGAUCCUGUGUGACCAUCCCCUGCUCCUUUGACGUAACAGCCCAAUAUGAAUCAAACUUAGAUAGCACAUGUAAAGCACUAUGGAGAAAUGAUAAAGGGGCUGUUGUGUUUGACAGCAGUAAACCACAACAAACUACAAUAAAUGGAGAACUGACAGGAGACUUGACAAGAAAAGACUGCACCACAACCCUGAACAACAUGCAACCUGCUUACAGCAAUAAAUAUUACUUCAGAAUAGAAUGCAAUGUUCUGAAAAAUAAUUUUCCUCAACAAAUCUCUAUUUCAGUCGAAGCUGAUCCUCCCAGACCGACUCUGACUCCGUCCACACUGAAGGUGAAGGAGGGAACCUCAGUGAGUUUGACGUGCUCUGCUCCAGCUCCCUGUCUGUCUCAUCCUCCAACUCUGAUGUGGACCUCCGGCCUGGGUGACAGUCAGGAGACACUGCAGGAGAUUCAGGACAAAACUAAAGUCAAGACCUCUGUUGUGAACUUCACUGCUUCUCACCACCAUCAUGGAAAGACAAUCUCCUGUACUGCCGUCUACAGCAAAGAAGAUGGCAGCACUGAGUCAACUGUUAGCCCCAGUUUAACAGCUGAUAUUUCAUGUGCCCUGUGUGGAGAGUUUAAGGCAUUAAUGCCGCAGACUAUAGAGGUUCUUAGUGGAUCCUGUGUGACCAUCCCCUGCUCCUUUGACGUAACAGCCCAAUAUGAAUCAAACUUAGAUAGCACAUGUAAAGCAGUAUGGAAAAAAGAUAGAAGUACUGUUGUGUUUGACAGCGGUAAUUCACAACAAACUACAAUAAAAGGAGAACUGAAAGGAGACUUGACAAGAAAAGACUGCACCACAACCCUGAACAACAUGCAACCUAGUUACACCAAUAACUAUUUCUUCAAAGUAGAAUGCAACAAUAAUCUGAAAAAUGAUUUUCUUCAACAAAUCUCUAUUUCAGUCAAAGCUGAUCCUCCCAGACCGACUCUGACUCCGUCCACACUGAAGCUGAAGGAGGGAACCUCAGUGAGUUUGAUGUGCUCUGCUCCAGCUCCCUGUCUGUCUCAUCCUCCAACUCUGACAUGGACCUCCGGCCUGGGUGACAGUCAGGAGACACUGCAGGAGAAUCAGGACAAAACUAAAGUCAAGACCUCUGUUGUGACCUUCACUGCUUCUCACCACCAUCAUGGAAAGACAAUCUCCUGUACUGCCGUCUACAGCAAACAAGAUGGCAGCACUGAAUCAACUGUUAGAACAAGUUUAACAGCUGAUGUUUCAUGUGCCCUGUGUGGAGACUGGGGAGCAUUAAUGCCGCAGACUAUGGAGGUUCUUAGUGGAUCCUGUGUGACCAUCCCCUGCUCCUUUACCAUACAGGACUCAUUUAAAUCAAACUUAGAUAGCACAUGUAAUGCAGUAUGGAAAAACGAUCAAGGGACGUUUGUGUUUGACAGCAGUAAUCCACAACAGCUUACAAUAAAAAGAGAACUGACAGGAGACUUGACGAGAAAAGACUGCACCACAACCCUGAACAACAUGCAACCUAGUUACAGUGAUAACUAUUGCUUCAGAAUAGAAUGCAAUGGUCUGAAAUAUAAUUUUAUUGAACAAAUCUCCAUAUCAGUCAAAGCUGAUCCUCCCAGACCGACUCUGACUCCGUCCACACUGAAGGUGAAGGAGGGAACCUCAGUGAGUUUGAUGUGCUCUGCUCCAGCUCCCUGUCUGUCUCAUCCUCCAACUCUGAUGUGGACCUCCGGCCUGGGUGUCAGUCAGGAGACACUGCAGGAGAAUCAGGACAAAACUAAAGUCAAGACCUCUGUUGUGAACUUCACUGCUUCUCACCACCAUCAUGGAAAGACAAUCUCCUGUACUGCCGUCUACAACAAACAAGAUGGCAGCACUGAGUCAACUGUUAUCACAAGUUUAACAGCUGAUGUUUCAUAUUCACCCAAAGACACCACAGUGUCAGUCCAUCCCUCAGGUCCAGUACCAGAGGGCAGUAAUGUGACUCUGACAUGCAGUAGUACUGCCAACCCAGCAGUAAGGAGCUACACCUGGUACAGAGCUGACGGAGGCCAGGAGACUGUUGUUGGGACCGGACAUGUUCUGACCAUUAAAGCAUCUAAAGACGACGGUCCGUUUUUCUGCAAGGCUCAAAAUGACAUUGGAGCUGGACGAUCCGACAACAGUCAUAUAGAUGUUCAGUAUUCCCCCAAAAACACCACAGUGUCAGUCCAUCCCUCAGGUCCAGUACCAGAGGGCAGAGAUGUGACUCUGACAUGCAGUAGUACUGCCAACCCAGCAGUAAGGAGCUACACCUGGUACAGAGCUGACGGAGGCCAGGAGAUUGUUGUUGGAACCGGACAUGUUCUGACCAUUAAAGCAUCGAAAGACGACGGUCCGUUUUUCUGUCAGGCUGAAAAUGACAUUGGAGCUGGACGAUCCGACCUCACUCAAAUAGAUGUUCAAUAUUCCCCCAAAAACACCACAGUGUCAGUCCAUCCCUCAGGUCCAGUACCAGAGGGCAGAGAUGUGACUCUGACAUGCAGUAGUACUGCCAACCCAGCAGUAAGGAGCUACACCUGGUACAGAGCUGACGGAGGCCAGGAGACUGUUAUUGGGACCGGACAUGUUCUGAUCAUUAAAGCAUCUAAAGACAACGGUCCAUUUUUCUGCCAGGCUGAAAAUGACAUUGGAGCUGGACGAUCAAACCUCACUCAAAUAGAUGUUCAAUUUGCUCCACAGAUCCUGCCCUCAUCUGACUGCACCAAAACUGCAGCCCAGCUCAGCUGUUCCUGCAGGACCGUGGGAAAUCCCUCUCCCACUUUAGAGUGGUAUUUGGAUGGGUUACCUGUCAAUCACACUGGCAAGCUUUUAAUAAGCAAUGAGUCUCUGAAUGACACGGGUCUGAGGAGCAUCAUCACUGUGAAUCAACCACAGGAGACGGAUCUUUCCACCUUGCUCUGCCGCAGCUCCAACUCUCUGGGAUCUGCCAGUCAACGGUUUUGUGUCAACAGUCUUGAGCCUCAAACAUCUGCACACAGUCACGACAGAGUGACGUUGCCAGUUUUCAUCACCACAGUUGUCACUCUACUAGUACUAGUAUGUGCUCUGCUGUUUGUGAACAGGGCUCAGAAGACUCAGCGUAACCUUCCGAAGAGUCAGUGCACAGAUGACACCAGCGCAGUUACUAUGAGCCAACCUCUAACAAGUGGAGAGGGAAAUGAGGUACCAAACACAGCAGAAGAGGACAUUUAUGUCAACACCAACGCACUGAGACAGACAGAUGUCGCCCAGCCUGCAACUGUCUCUGAGCCAGACAGCGCCAACUUGCCAAGCUCUGGACCAAACAAUGCAGAAGGAGCCAGUAAAAGCUCAGAGAAGAAAAAGGAAGAAAAUGAUGUGAUCUACUCUUCUGUGAAUUGGAAGACCAAGAGCAAGAAGAAGACGGGAGAAGACUGUGUGGACAUGUAUCAGCCUGUUAGAUCCCAUCUGGAGGAGGAGAGGUGCAUGGUGGGAGGCACAAGCAGAAGCUUUGUGAACGCAUCAGAGAUGGGAAUUCUAUACGACACAGUGAAGCCUGGAAAUGUGGAGAAGGAAGUGGAAAGUGAAUACGCCCAGGUUAAAUUUAAAGACAAGAGUUCUAUGCAUAAAUAAAGCACAGCUCUAUAUUGCUGUGCUAAGUUUUGAAAGAUAAUUUUCAGACUGUCUUACUCUCUUGUAUAUAUGCUUUCUAUUAUAUAUAUUGUAUGUAUGCUUUAUAUUAUAUUAUCUAUGCUUUAUAGUAUAUUAUAUAAUAUAAUGUGUUAUAUUAUAUUAUAUUAUA